CAGGAACUGACUUCAUUCUCUAAACUUGAAGCUUGCUUUUAAGUCUCCAGACUGGGCCAAAUAUCGAGGUCAAUCCGCGCGCCGAAACAGCCCUCCUAGCACACCACAUCCUCUCCUCAAAGAGCUAUCCAGACCACAUUCGCAAUGUUUGGACUCGGACGCCCCCAGCCGACCUCGGCCGAGAAGAUCGCCGCAGUCGAGGCCGAGAUGAAACUGAUCGCCGAGAUGCACAACCGCCUGAACAGGGCAUGUGCCAAAAAGUGCAUCCCCACCGACUACCACGAGGGCGAGCUCAACAAGGGCGAGAGCGUCUGCCUCGACCGCUGCGCCGCCAAGUUCUUCGACGUCCACUUCAAGGUCUCGGACAUACUCCAGAAGCAAAGCCAGGCAGGGGGCGCCCCCGGCUUUGGCGGUUUCGGCAACUAGGCCGUCGCGCCGUCGCGUCGAAACCGACAGUAACUGGAGUUGAUCAGACAACCCCAUUUCUUUUCCUUCUGUGUUCCUUGCUUUUCACCACGGAUUGGUAAAGCCAAGGAUAGAGAGUUACGGAUGGCGUCUGGGACGGAUGGCUAUUCCGGACGAUUUAGCCUUUUUUGUUGUACGACUAGAGAUGGCAAUCAGGAAAAAAGCGACACCUUGUGCUUGACGCCCGCCAAACACAAGGAUAUGACCUUGGAUAGAAAUCCUUGCCUUGACCCGAUGGCGUGGCUGGAUGUGUGGCCAUCCAUGUAUAAUGAUAGCAUGUAUUUCUCCACAAGAUAUUACUGGUUCACGCACUGAUGAGACCGAGUGCUCGGGACAAAAGGUCACACCUACAUGGGUAGGAAGAGGC